UAAGGGGGGAGGUGGUGAUGGUGAAAGUGAGCCGAUAAGAUAACUGGCUUGUUGGCUGUUGCUGUUAUGUCCAAAAAUGGCACUUGCAUUUGUAAAUCCGUACAAAUAACACACAAUUUUCCCUUUGCGCUACCAAGACUACGGUAGCAUGAUAUCUUCAGAAGACAAGUCGCAAGAAAAGAGCCAAUAUUUGCAAACUACACCGCAUAUUAUAUCAAAUUAGUUAACCCCUGAUCGAGUCGGUUAACCCACCGUCCGAGAUGGGGAAGGAGGCGAAUGGUGUUUCACGGAGCCGGUUUGAGAUGUUCUCAAACAGCGACGAAGCGGUCAUCAAUAAGAAGUUGCCCAAGGAACUGUUGCUACGAAUCUUCUCCUUUCUCGAUGUGGUGACACUCUGUCGCUGUGCCCAGGUCUCAAGGUCCUGGAACGUUCUUGCCUUGGAUGGCAGCAAUUGGCAAAGGAUUGACCUCUUUGACUUCCAGAGGGACAUUGAGGGCCGGGUGGUGGAGAACAUCUCGAAGCGAUGUGGAGGUUUCCUGCGGAAGCUGAGCCUGCGAGGGUGCCUGGGUGUGGGAGACAGCGCUUUAAGGACUUUCUCCCAGAACUGCAGAAACAUUGAGCUCCUGAGUCUGAAUGGAUGCACUAAGAUCACAGACAGCACGUGUAACAGCCUCAGUAAGUUCUGCCCAAAGCUGAAGCACCUGGACCUCGCUUCCUGCACCUCGAUCACCAACCUGUCCCUCAAGGCCCUCAGUGAGGGAUGUCCUCUGCUGGAGCAGCUCAACAUCUCCUGGUGUGACCAGGUGACCAAGGAUGGUGUCCAGGCCCUGGUUCGAUGCUGCCCAGGGCUCAAAGGCCUUUUCCUUAAAGGAUGUAUACAGUUAGAAGAUGAGGCUCUGAAGCACAUUGGGGGCCACUGUCCAGAACUGGUCACUCUCAACCUGCAGACCUGCUCGCAGAUCACAGACGAGGGCCUCAUCACAAUCUGCCGUGGCUGCCACCGCCUCCAGUCCCUGUGUGUGUCCGGCUGCGCCAACAUCACCGACGCCAUCCUCCAUGCGCUGGGUCAGAACUGCCCGCGGCUCAGAAUAUUGGAGGUGGCCCGCUGCUCUCAGCUCACUGAUGUGGGCUUCACUACUUUAGCAAGGAAUUGUCAUGAACUUGAAAAGAUGGAUUUGGAAGAAUGCGUACAGAUUACAGAUGGAACGCUGAUCCAGUUAUCCAUCCACUGCCCUCGUUUGCAAGUCCUGAGUCUUUCUCACUGUGAGCUGAUCACUGACGACGGCAUCCGACACCUGGGUAGCGGCCCCUGUGCCCACGACCGGCUGGAGGUGAUCGAGUUGGACAACUGCCCCCUGAUCACGGACGCCUCACUGGAGCACCUGAAGAGCUGCCACAGCCUGGACCGCAUCGAGCUUUACGACUGCCAGCAGAUCACCAGGGCCGGCAUCAAGAGGCUGCGGACCCAUUUGCCUAACAUCAAAGUGCACGCAUAUUUCGCCCCCGUGACUCCGCCCCCUUCCGUCGGAGGCAGUCGCCAGAGGUUCUGCCGCUGCUGCAUUCUCCUAUGAUUUUCAAAGAUGGCGUCUCCCGCACCGCAGUCAUCGUAGGAUCUGACGACAUGCUGAGGCCCGAACAGUUCAACGUCCCUUCAUAAUAGUGCAAGCUGGUUUCUCCCACCAAACCACCCCCCAAAUCAACCCUGCAUUAGAGCAAGAGCGGAAGAACCCCAAAACACAAAGCACCCGAAAGGUCUGAGAUCUUCUUCCCGACAACAUUCCUAUAUUACCUUCUUUCUCUCCCUUCCACCAUCGCUUCCUUUACAAUUUGACACGCCGACACAAUUCAUGUACCAGUGACAAACACAGGCUAGCACCAAAACACACACACACUUGACUUGAGAGGGCUGUCCUGGUUAAUUUUCUUUCUUUCUUGAGCACUUUGGUCAACAUAUACACGCAGACUAGUAUUUAUCUGAGUUGUUUUGCACCCGAUUUGAGAUCAUUAUCGUCAGGCAUUAGACGCUCUGAUCCGUGAUUGGCUCAUGCGAAGCUCUGAAAGCCAUUUCAUUAGCACAUUAUAGAAUGUGGGGGGGAACGACUGUUACAGCAGUGGCCACAGGGGUGCAAAGAAAAUUGACUUAAUAUUACGUGGAAAAUGAGUGGCAGGCGUUAAUAUAAAGUCACCAUAUACAUUAAGACCCCCUAGUCCUCCAGAAAAAAACAACCUACUCCCCAUUUCUAGUUGCCCAUAGUUGCCUUUGUUUAUCCAGACUGUGUACAAUUAGCUGUCAGUACUUCACUACAAGUACUAGAGUCUUGGUUGUUCAGAAUGGUCCUGCUGUUGUCCCUACCAGGUCCCACUUAAAAGCACACGCACGUGCACACACUAUACACCCCUUUUGUUAUGUUUCAUCCCGUUAUAAUUUUAAAGAUUGUUUUAGCAUUUAAGUUAUUUUGUAAGCAUAUACAUCAUCCAUGAAAACACCCACCUACUACUUUACUUUCAGUCCUCUCCGUCUCCUGCUCUUUACAUGUUACAAUCAAAAACCUAAAAACUGUAUUUUCAUAAAAUGUGACACCAUUGAAGACUAAAUGUGGGGACUGAAGAAGAUGGCAGAUGUUGCAUGUAGUGAAUCAAGUAAAAAAAAUCAUCAUAACAAAUCUCUGUACAUAUAAGGACCGUGACUUCCGAGAGCGAGAGCCAGGUAACCCACACCAAGAAUAAGAUGAAGAAAACAACAUACUCACAAAGGCUAAUUCUGGUGCAUCUCUGACAGAAGUUCUUCUGGAGGUUCAUUUUUAAACAUUUAACCGAGUACCGCAACUGGAGCUGAAAGUCUUGCAGCGAAACCUGUGCAUCACAAACAAUGGCCGCAACGUAAAAAAAACAUGGACGUAUUAUGAUGCAAAUACAUCAAGAAAAUGUAAUGGACCGGUCUUUCAGUCAGGAAAAAUGUAAAGAAAAAUCUAAAAGUAUUUAUAUUUUCAGUUAGUUUUAUUCCGUUUUAAUUUAGUUGCAUCUAUAAAAAAAAUAAACGACUGAUUACGAAGAAACACAAACACACACACACUCACACACACACACACACACACACACACACACACACACACACACACAUACACACACACAGUGUCUGCCCCCGACAAGGACUCCAGUUGACCUUGACAAACCCUAGGUCAGCUCCCAUGAGGCCUUGCAGCAUACUGAGUGGUCUGGCGGUCUGUGACCCCAUCUCCCCCCCACUGCCAACUCUCGGUCUGGCUGUCUGAGACCAGAGACAUGGGGGGGAGGCUGACUGGGGAGGGGUGGUCAGCUGGAUCAGACAGGAGGAGGAAGAACAGACCUCUGGCCUAAAGCUAGUGCACAAUUCUGGUCGGGUGAAGGUGGAGGAUAAUGAACUUAAUGCGGCAUUUGCUUUUUUCUGUUAUGAAGUAUUAACCCCCCCCCCAUGGACAGCAUUGACGCACUUGCACAUGCUUCACUCUAUGAUGCUCUAGCUCUUUCGUACGAUUCGCCUACGUUGUCUUUAUGACUUAUUUUAAAGUUUUCAAAAUGUGUGUGUGUGUGUGUGUGUGUGUGUGUGUGUGUGUGUGUGUGUGUGUGUGUGUGUGUGUGUGUGUGUGUGUGUGUGUGUGUGUGUGUGUGUGUGUGUGUGUGUGUGUGUGUGUGUGUGUGUGUGUGUGUGUGUGUGUGUGGGCCCAGUUUUGUAUUUGAAGUCAUGAAUAUAUUGUCUCCCACCCACCCCCCUGUUGAGUUUUUCCGCCCUUGUGUUCCAUGAUUUUUUGUCUCACACGUGUUAAUGUUUGUGUGUACAGAGCGUGUCCAGAGUUUGUUUUAUAUUAUGCCCAUAGAGCAGCCUUUGAGCCUGUGCAUAAUGGUGAAUGGGAACUCCAGGAUUUGAGGUUGUGGUUUUGGAGGAGGGUUUGUUUGUAUAAUGUCCGCUGUACCCCUUUUUGUCUCCCCCUCUUCUACUUCCCUAUUGUGUGCGUUUCGAUCGACCCUUUUAUUUCAAUUUUUUUCCCGAUGUAUUUCAUUUAUGAAUAUUUCUUAAAAGAUAAGUGUGACCUCACCGUAUGGAAUGUCGAUUACCCCACUAGCAUCCUUAUUACUCUCCCUCCCUCUUCCCAACACCCUUCACUUGGAUGCAAGUCACUAGCCAGCAAGCAAAAAACAUUUGAAAUAUUAUUCAAUCAUGUUUUGUGAUUUGACCUUUUUGGGCAUGGUGGAUAAAGCCGUACAGGGAUAUGAAUUGGGUGUAUUCUAACCAGCUGUGUUUUGUUUUAGGAAGAAUUCAUGCAGGGGUUAGAGGCGGCCACUCAAAGCCCAUACAGCAUGUAAGAUGUGUAAACAUACUCAACCUUGGGUUAAAGGACUUUGAGCCUUGAUGUAAUCACCUGCUGCCCCUCUACAAGAACUAAUGUGGCACACUCCAAGCCACCAGUCAGAAUAUACAAACAAGUUAUUAUUAUCAAACCUAACCCACUCAAACACUGGCUGAGUUGAGGGCAAGUCAAACUAAAGAAGAGGGGUGAGGAGGAGAUGCCCAACAGCGGAGUCAAACGAGACACUAAAGAUACUUUAUUCUAAAAGAAUGUAUAUGGUUCGCAAAAAGUGAGAAUAAUAAUCAUUAUUAUUCCAUGGCAUUAAAUGCACUAAUGAGCAGGACUACAGCACUUUGUGUCUGUGAAGGCAUAUCAUCUAAAAUAAACGCUUUGGCCUGGCUCCCUUUUCAGUUGAUUUAUCAGCUAGACUAUAACAUGCUAUUUGCUCUGGGUUAGCUUCUUUUUUAAUGCACAUCUUCCCAGCACUGGGGUGGAGCUAAGGAAUAGGCAAUAUAGAAGGGCAAGAGGUGGCUCCACAGCGUGUUCUUGGUAGAUGGGACACUUGAGCAAUUACAAAUUCGAUUUUGACAAUGACUGUAGUUCAAUAUGAUUACUGUAAAUUAUCUUUUUUUUUUCUUUUAUCUUUUUUUUUUAUAAUUAACUGUUAUAAAUGAAUAUGUAUGUAUGAAUAAAUAUAUGCCUAUAUUAUUA